AUGGAAGUGCCUCAAGACAUUGGUUUUGAGAUAUUUUCUUGGCUACCAGCAAAGAGCAUUUGCAAGUUCAAAUCAACUUGUAACACAUUCUCUAAAUUUUCGGAAGAAACUCUUUUUAGAAAAAAGCAGACUCAAAAUUUGUUUGGGAGGGAUGACACGUGCUUAUUCAUUCAAUCCGAUGAAGUUAGUCAAAGAUACAUCCCAAAAAGGAUAGAGUUAUAUUCCUUACCUAAACACCAAGAGUCUUCUGGUGCUCCUAACAAUGUUUUGAGUUUCCUAUCAAAAAAUACAACUAGUGUUAUAGCUUCAAGUAAUGGUCUAGUUCUUUGUCACAACAUUAAUGAUCCACUCAAAGUUUUCAUAUGCAACCCAAUAACAAAAUCUUGGUCUUUUAUUCCAAUCCCAGAGUCACUUCAAAUAAACAAUAAUUUUGCUAAUGCAAAACUCAUGUUACAUUGCUCUUUAGACGACUACAAGGUGUACUUUCUUUUUGAAAACACAAUGGAAUGGAAUCCAACUUAUACAUGCAGUGUUUAUCAUGGUAAAGAAGGUGUUUGGAAAACAAUGGAACGUUGUUUUCUACCCGGUGGAAGGGACAUGAAAUUUGACAUGCCUGUAUUUUACAAUGGAGCACUUCACUUUAUCUCGAAUAGUGGUGAAUACUAUGAGAGACCUAGUCCUUUUUAUAAGCCGUAUAUAAUGUCUUAUAAUUUAGAGAAUGGAAUCUCAACUAUGUUUAGGUUGCCGAGAGAAGCCAUAAGAGAUUGUCAUCGCCCAUGUAAUAAUAUGGGCAUAUUCAAUUGGGGCAAAGCGUCAAACUCGAAUGGAUCAAUCUGUUUGGUGAAAAUAAGAAAGUCUACUUUUACAGUUUGGUAUUUAAGAGAUUAUGAGUCAUGUUCUUGGGAAAAGGUUUUUAAAAUGAGGGUGAGAGCAAUGGGGUUGAAGGAGAAAGAUCUUGAUGUUACAUCGUUUACGGUUGUGAACGGUAAUCUUUUAGUGUUUGCUACAAAUGAAAGGGUUUAUAGUUGUGGUUUGGAUGACAAAAGAUUUAUGGUUAUCGAAGAAAUAUGCCAACACAAUUGUGGAUUCAACCCCCACUUUAUCUCCUACUUAGACACUUAUCGUUCGUGUGGGAUUAACGCCAAAACUAUGCCUUGCUAG